UCUCUCAUCACUCGUUUGAGGACAACACUCUUUCAUUCAUUCAAUGCUCUGUCUCUCUCACUGCUUUCUUCUUUCAUUAAUAAACCCAACCAAUUCUCUACCAAUUGACAUCCUUCCUUAAUCCUUACAUCUUUCCUAUACUCAAAAACAGCAAAAUCCCAUACAACUGUACUGUCCUGGAAAGAGAGUGAAGGGACACUGGAAACAAGAAGCAGUACAAAAUUUGUUAUAGAAAGAAAGAUGGAAAAUGGCGGGAACAAUGGUCAAGAAAAUGAUCAUGCAAAUCUUGCUUGGGACAUAUGGGAGCUUAAUACUUCCAGAUUUGACUUGGUUGACAGUAAUAACACUACUGCUGCUGCUGGAAUUACUACUAACACCACCACCGCUAGUGUGGUGGAGAACGGCAGCUCCACCCACCCAGAAGCCAAUUCUGCACAUGGAUUCUUGUUUCCGAACCGAAACAGUUGGCUUUACCACCACAACAACAGUCACAGCUAUCAGCAGCUCUCUCUCUAUGCUGGAGACGGGUCCAUCUUGCACCCGGACCCGCAUCUAAUGUGCUUAAAGCUAGGGAAGCGACACUACUUUGAAGACAGUACUAGUAAUAACAAUAUCAACCCAAUAAGUGAUCGACACGUUGUUGGUGGGUUCUCUGUAGGCAAGAGAGGCAAACCCUACUACACCGUCAGUGGUGGUGCUAACGACGAACCCUCCUCUUCCUCGUCGGUGAAUGUGCCGAGGUGUCAGGUGGAGGGGUGCCAUGUGGCUUUGGUAAAUGCUAAGGGUUAUCACAGGAGGCACAAAGUAUGUGAAAUGCACUCAAAGGCUGCUAAAGUAAUUGUUCUAGGUUUGGAGCAGCGUUUCUGUCAGCAGUGUAGCAGGUUUCAUGUAGUUUCAGAAUUUGAUGACGCAAAGAGGAGUUGCAGGAGGAGAUUGGCAGGGCACAAUGAAAGAAGAAGAAAGGGCUCUCUAGAUUCUGUUUCAAGGAAUGCUUCUCAUGACAAGUUGAUAGCUGGGAGAUUUCCAUACAUAGCGUCACCGACAGGAUGUGCUCUCUCUCUUCUGUCAUCCAAGGCUGAUUCUUGGGUUUCUCCAUCUGAUCUCUCCUCAAGAUCAAGUGCUGCGCUACGCGAAUUGAUCGCAGAACACCGCGCAGCCAUCCUAGCUAGGCAGCUUAUCCUUGAAAAACACUCGCACAACCAUGCAAUGGGUGAGUCCCAACCGAGCUCCAAUUUUUUCAUAACCCAUCAGCAACAAAUGUUGCCCGAGCCGCACAAUUGGGGCCGGUUCAACGGCACCAACAUGCAUGUGACUUUGGACCUCAUGCAGGCUCCAAGCUCAGCAUUCGGCUUCUUGUCCGCAAGAGGGAAGAAUAAAGAAGAGGGAGGAGAGUGUUCCCAGUUAUGGAGCACAUUGGAAGGAGCCCAUGCAGUUUAAGAUCUGCAACACUUUCAUUCUCUUGCAUUUAGGCGGGUGGAUCAUUGAGUUGAUCUACUUGUAUAAUUCUUUGCACCGCAAGUUUCAUACUUCAAUUCAAAUAUCAGAGUGAUUGUAAUAAUCAAUGCAUUUGGAACAAAUUGCCAGCUGAAUCUCUGUAUUUCUUUCUAGCCUGAGAUAAA